CACGACUCUCAGUGCAUCUGUAGCCUCUGCUGCCUACGGAGGACUCAACGAAGCCGCCGUCUGAGUUACCGGAAAUAUGCCCCUGAAAAAUUCACACUUUCAACUAACAUCGUUUGCAUAGAUUCUCAAAACCAGCUUGUCGGCUCCCUGACUGCGAACGGUCCAUCAUGUUGUCGCGGCUGAGGAGUAGCUUUUCCUUGAGGCCUGCCUUCGUGCCUGCCUGCAGAUGGGCGCACACCAAAGAGAAGGGCAAACCGUUAAUGCUCAACCCCCGCACCAAUAAAGGAAUGGCCUUUUCUUUACAGGAGCGACAGAUCUUGGGCUUACACGGCCUGCUGCCUCCUAAAGUAGAAACGCAAGACCUCCAGGCCAUGCGCUUCCAGAAGAAUCUCAAGAAAAUGACAGAUCCCCUUGAAAAGUACAUUUAUCUGAUGGGCAUCCAGGAGCGAAACGAAAGGCUCUUCUACCGAGUGCUGAUGGAAGACAUUGAGGAGCUGAUGCCCAUCGUCUACACCCCCACCGUCGGACUGGCCUGCACGCAGUAUGGACACAUCUUUAGACGACCCAAGGGCUUGUUCAUUUCCAUUCUGGAUAAAGGACACAUCCGCUCCAUCUUAGACAACUGGCCAGAGACCAAUGUGGCCGCAGUCGUGGUGACUGACGGCGAGCGUAUUUUGGGCCUGGGGGACCUGGGCGUUUAUGGCAUGGGAAUCCCCGUUGGCAAACUCUGCCUGUACACCGCGUGCGCCGGCAUCAGACCUGAGAGCUGCCUGCCCGUCACCAUUGACGUCGGCACAAACAACGAGACUCUCCUCAAGGAUCCGCUCUACAUGGGCUUGUACCAGAGGAGAGACCGCUCUCAGGCUUACGACGACCUCAUCGACGAGUUCAUGGAGGCCGUGGUGGACAAAUAUGGGCAGGACACGCUGAUUCAGUUUGAGGAUUUUGGGAACCACAAUGCCUUUCGCUUCCUCAGGAAGUACAGGGAGAAGUACUGCACCUUCAAUGAUGACAUCCAAGGCACCGCAGCUGUGGCGCUUGCUGGUCUGCUUGGAGCUCAGAGAGCCACUGGGAAGCCCAUCACAGACCACAGAGUGCUUUUUCUCGGAGCCGGAGAGGCUGCUCUCGGCAUCGCAAACUUGAUUGUCAUGGCCAUGAUGGAGUCAGGCAUGUCGCAGGCGGAAGCCAGGGAGAAGAUCUGGAUGUUCGACAAAGACGGCUUACUCGUUAAGGGACGGCUGCAGGCAACGGACAUCAACCAGGAAGCAUUUGUUCACGACAGUCCUGGGAACAUUCACAGCUUUUUGGAUGCUGUCAACACCAUCAGACCAACAGCUAUCAUUGGUGUAGCGGGAGCCGGUCGACUGUUCAGCCACGAUGUCAUCAAGGCCAUGGGCGCCCUGAACGAGCGACCCAUCAUCUUCGCCCUGAGCAACCCCACCAUCAAAGCAGAAUGCACCGCCGAGGACGCCUACACGCUUACAGAUGGUAGAUGUCUUUUUGCCAGCGGUAGUCCAUUUGGACCUGUGACGCUGAGUGAUGGACGAGUCCUUACUCCAGGACAAGGCAACAACGCUUACAUCUUUCCGGGUGUGGCUCUGGCUGUCAUCCUGAGCGGCGUUCGCCACAUCAGUGACACAGUGUUCUUGGAGGCUGCCAAGACUCUGGCUGAUCAGCUGAGCGACAAAGAGCUGGAAGAAGGCCGACUGUACCCACCUCUGUCCAACAUCCGAGAAGUUUCUCUCCAGAUGGCUGUCAAGGUGGUGGAGUACGUGUACGCCAAAGGCAUGGCGUUUCGCUACCCGGAGCCUGUGGACAAGAAUGCCCUUGUGCACGCCACUGCGUGGAACACAAACUACGACUCCUUCCUACCUGACACCUACAACUGGCCUGGGGUCAGCUUCAGCCCCCAGUCUAAGAACUAGAUGUACACUCACCCCUCCUAACCUUCAUUCAUUAGAAUCACGUCGCAAAGGACAAGUGAACAUGUAUUAUGUUACAUUACAGAACAACUGCCAUGUGACAGUAUGGGCAUUUUACUUUGCUUGCCUCUAUAACCAAUACGUUCAACACUUGCAUCCUCUAGUGGUGCAAAAGGGCAGCACAAAAACACAGUUCACAAGAUGAACUGGCAUUCAUCCACACACAUCUUUAGCAGAUUAGUCAUUUUCAAAAUUUAACUCACGACACAAAAUGAGAAAAAAAAAAUUUCAAAAUGUGUAGGGUACCUGAGAUGACCAACACAACGAUUUGUGAUUGUAAAUCUUAACAUACAUUAUGGUAUGUAGUUAUUCCAAAUUGAUGAGGAAACAAAUAUUUAUGACAGCACUGAAAUAUAUUUUGCACGUGAAAUCAUGUCAAACAAGUGAAAUUAAUUCACUCCCAGAAGGAAAAAGUCAUUUAUGUACCAUGCAGCUUAAGCAAACCCCAUGUGUCUCACUCCUUUGUUUUUGUUCUUUGAUUCUCUUUGCUGUUGUAUGUUUUUUAGAGCACUCCUUUAAAUGAUUUACCAUAACUAAUAAUAUUAAACUUACACAUGGGAAACGUUAGCUUAAAAAGAAACCGUAGGCCAGUAUUGCCUGCUUCAGUCCUUUUUUUGUUUGCACAAUGCAAGUUGUUGUCUUUAAUGUUUUUGUGUGUGUUAUGUUACGGCCCUCCCAGCAAACUUGACAAUACAAACGAUAAGUCUUCUUUAAAAGUACACAAGCAUUUACUUAUCUUGCUGGGAGUGGUCUUGAAAUGCACUGUUUCUUCUCAUUUACACUCUUGAAAAAAGUGUCAUUGUUUUUAACCUGUUUCAGCAUGUUAGCUUUAUAUAUUAUCUGUACUUGGUAGAUUUUACAAUGCAGUCAUUUUUGCAAAAUCAAUCUAGUGAAAUAUGACCUGUUUUGUAGGUCUAUUUUUCUAAUUUCUUGUAGAACGUUUUCAGAUGUUUUGUAUCCAAAAAGCUUUAUUUAUUUUUUUCAUGUUGCUGCACAAUUUAGUCACUAUGAUCUGGCUCACACACUGGAUGGAUACAGAUGCAUAAAAAUAAGUGUGAUAAAUCUAUUUUAAUAACUUGAUGUUUAGGACAUUGUCAAAUUAAAGGACAUCUUUCAACACUGUUUUAAUUGAUUGUUAUCAUCUACAAUGAUGGUAAAUAGCUGCUAAAUGUUUAACAAAGCAAGUUGUCAAGUUUGUCUUGUGUUAAAUGUUGGAUUCAGAAUAAAGCUUUUCUUGUUAUAUUGCAUGUAGUCUGUUUAAAAUUAACUUAUUAAAGCUUAAGUAUGAUGGUAAUAGAUUCUACUGUUAAAAGAUGUUUUUCUGCAGAUGGAAGUAAUUUUAAGUCAAAUUGUCAUCAUGUGGACCUUGGCAUGUCACCAGCUCUAAAAAUACAGUCAAUAAAUAUUCCCCAGAAUUGUAGUAAUUUA